UUCACACUAAGAACAACUAACGCAAACAAUCAGCUCUAAUUCUCCAAGCAGCUAGUUUUCUCGUUGUCCGCCUUUUUAACCUUUUCGCCUCAAAUACCUCAACAAGUAACCAAGAAAAUGUCUCUCAUCCCAACCUCCCUCUUGGGUGGCCGAAGAACCAACGUCUUUGAUCCUUUCUCUCUUGACAUCUGGGACCCUUUCCAGGACUUUCCCUUCCCGAGCACAGCCCUAUCAGCCCCACGUUCAGAGGUCGCCAAAGAAACAUCAGCAUUUGCCAGCACACGCAUAGACUGGAAGGAGACCCCAGAGGCUCAUGUUUUUAAGGCUGAUCUUCCGGGGCUGAAAAAAGAGGAAGUGAAAGUGGAGAUAGAGGAAGGUAAGGUUUUACAAAUAAGUGGAGAGAGAAGCAAGGAGAAGGAAGAGAAAAAUGACAAGUGGCAUAGAGUUGAGAGAUCGAGUGGUAAGUUCUUGAGGAGGUUCAGAUUGCCUGAGAAUGCUAAAGCUGAUCAGGUUAAGGCUAGUAUGGAAAAUGGGGUCUUGACCGUGACUGUGCCUAAAGAGGAAGUCAAGAAGCCUGAUGUUAAGUCCAUUGAGAUCUCCGGUUGAGACUCUACAGCGCAUCAUGGGUCCGUUUAUGGAGUGUUGUAGUGAGUCAUGGUGAAUCCAAGUGAACAAAUAGAAUUGUGUGCGAAAGACUCGUGGAAUGGAUAAUGUGAUGUGUUUGUGUGCUCUGUUUCUUGUGUGCUACUGAGUUUCUUCUCUAAUAAAAUUGUGUUUUGUUGUUUUUGUUUC